UUAAGAAGUGCUGGGAUUUUAGGCUAUGCGGAAUUGCGGAUGCACUAGCUCGACGAAGUGGCGAGUUGAUUCGGAAACUUCAGGAAGUGCGAUCUGAUGUGGGCGGCUUUAAGAUCCCGAUAUCUACGUCUAUCUGCAACAUCGUUGCCUUCGUCUUCUCUCACUGAUCGAUCGUGGAAGCUAGGGUAUUCAGGUUUAAAUCGGACGUUCUCUUCGUCCAGCGCGGAGAGCAGUAGUAAAGAGUUGCUCAGCCUGCAAGAGGUGGAGAAGGUUCUGAGCGAUGUGAGAGCAGAUGACGUGACGGUGAUUCCAGUGGGGAACCAAUGCGAUUGGGCCGAUUUCAUGGUGAUUGCCACCGGUAGGUCCACGUGGCACAUUAAGAACAUCGCUCAAGCCCUAAUUUACAAGGUUAAGCAGAAGCAAAAAGGAGCUAAGCGGUUGGUUCUACCCAGUGUGCAAGGACAAGAGACGGGAAAAUGGAUUGUUGUUGACUCUGGCAGGGUGAUAGUUCAUGCUCUCGACGAGAAGGCGAGGGCUUAUUACAAUUUGGAAAAUCUUUGGACUCCAAGGACAGUCCUGAAGGAACCAGUUGAGGAGUUGACAAAAGCUUUUGUAAAGGUUCGUCGUGUUAAUAAUUCCAAAAAGCCAGCCCAGAGAAGUGCUUAAUCAAUUGACAACUCGGAUUUUGUAGAUGUAGCUAGUUACAUGAUAAAGUUCUUUGCUACUUGUAGUUGAAAACCAUAGAAUUGAUAUCUGAUCAAUAGUUCUUUCGGAGCUUGUGUUGUACUGCUA